UGGCGCGUGGGCCACUGCUGGACGAGGUCGUAUCACGUGAGCUGUUUAAAUAUCCCCAUCAGCUGUCGCGCUCGGAAGAUCUUUAUGGUCGAGCCCCAGCGGAGAGAUUGAGUGAGCAAAAGAUGGCGGACGGAACGAAAAUCAUCCUCAACUCCAGCGCUGGCGGCUUGGAAGCCGAGGAACCGCUGUCUAAAAGACUGAAGCUGGGGGAGGUGUUAAAGAGCGGGGACAUGGCGUUCUCCGAAGAGCAAGAGAUGGGAAAAAUCGGCGGUGAGUCCGGGGCGGCGGCGGAGAAGCAGCGGCCGGGAGAGGGGGUGCAGGGACAGGCCUCAGCAGUAUCAGGCGGAGACAAUGGGUUGCAGGACUCUGAACUACGGGAGGGGCUGGUGGUGGUGGAGGAGGAGGAGGAGAGGAAGAGGAAGGAUCUGAACGGGGUUUCUGACACAGAGCAGUCAGAUGGAACACCCCAGAAUGAAGAUAUCCUCCUGAAUGGAUUCGAUUCAUAUGACUGUGAUGAGGAUGAUACAUCUUCACAUGCAAGUUCAAGUGACUGGACUCCGCAACCUCAGAUAGGUUCGUAUAGUUUUAUUCAGCAGCAUAUUAUGAGGGAGACAGACCCGCGGACCAUCUUGAAAGACCUUCUCCCAGGAACUGUGCUUCCACCUGACCUGGAUGAUAUGACUCUCUGGCAGAUUGUGAUUAAUAUAUCGGAACCUCCAAAAAGAAAGAAACGGAAAGACAUCAAUACAAUGGAAGAUGUUGUCAGGCUGCUGCAAGAAUGUAAAAAAAUUAUGGUGUUGACAGGAGCUGGGGUUUCUGUGUCCUGUGGAAUACCUGACUUUAGAUCCCGUGAUGGUAUUUAUGCACGUCUUGCAAUAGAUUUCCCUGACCUUCCAGAUCCACAAGCAAUGUUUGAUAUUGAAUACUUUAGAAAAGACCCUCGGCCAUUUUUUAAAUUUGCAAAGGAAAUCUAUCCAGGACAGUUCCAACCAUCUCCAUGUCACAGGUUCAUUGCAAUGUUGGAUAAACAGGCAAAGCUGCUUCAGAAUUAUACUCAGAACAUUGACACACUGGAACAGGUGGCUGGAGUGCAGAGGAUCAUUCAGUGCCAUGGUUCUUUUGCAACAGCAUCAUGCCUAACCUGCAAAUAUAAGGUUGACAGUGAAGCUGUUAGAGAAGAUAUAUUUAAUCAGGUUGUGCCUCGAUGCCCCAAAUGUCCACCUGAUCUGCCUCUCGCCAUCAUGAAACCAGAUAUUGUUUUCUUUGGAGAGAAUUUACCAGAACAGUUUCACAGGGGCAUGAAGCAUGACAAAGAUGAGGUUGACCUCCUGAUUGUCAUAGGGUCUUCACUGAAAGUACGACCUGUGGCUCUUAUUCCAAACUCCAUUCCCCAUGAAGUACCUCAGAUUCUAAUCAAUAGAGAACAGUUACACCACCUUAACUUCGAUGUAGAAUUGCUUGGAGAUUGUGAUGUUAUUAUCAAUGAACUAUGCCAUAGGUUGGGUGGAGAUUAUGAACAACUAUGCUACAACCCUUUAAGACUUUCUGAGAUCACAGAAAAGCCCCCUCGUGCAAUCAAAGAGUCCAAACUACAGUUCACUGACCUACCACCUACCCCCCUCGAACUUACAGAAGACUUCAGUUCCUUGGAACAAACUAGUGAGCACACUCAAACCUCCAAGCAAGCUUCAGAAGAAACAGCAGGAGCUCAGCAAUCAAACCAUUUAGGGUCUGCCUCUGAGCUCCCACAAGCUAGCUCAAUAGAAAACCCUCCACAGAACAGGACUGAAAUUGUUGAAGGAAAUGCAAAAACUGCUAUUGGGGAUUUGCAAACAUCAAAGAAUGAAGAGUGUCCAGAGCCAUAUGAAAAUAAAUCUGAUCUUGAAAUUCUCAGAAGAUGCUGGUUGAGUAGAUUUGCAAAAGAACCAAUCAGCAAGCGCCUUGACAAUUCUCAAUACCUGUUUCAAGCACCAAAUCACUACAUUUUCCAUGGAGCUGAGGUAUACUCCAAUUCAGAGGAUGAGUCCUCGAGUUCCUGUGUAAGUCACAGUGACAACGAGUCAUGCUGCAGCCCUGGAGAGGAGGGAGAGGACGAUAGCGAAGGAGAGGAGUUCUAUGGCCGAGUCGAAGAGGAGGAUUUGGACAAUGAAGACUGCUUCAGAGAUGGCAGAGAAGAAUUAGAAGCAGAAACAAAUGACUUUAUAGAUAUGCUGAGGAAUCAAAAAGACAAUAAACCUGAAGAUAUUAAAAAUGUGACACAAAUGUAAUAACAUGUAAUGCCUACAUUUAUUUGCUACUUGUCCGGCAGCAUUAGCAGUCAAUCGACAGUGGACAGGAACAAAGAAUGCUGUCCUGAAUUUUUGUGGUGGUGGUGUUGUGUUUUUUUUUUUUUAAGUGGAGAUUGAUUUGUAGAGAAAUGUUAAUUUUGUUGUAUACCCCUUAUAAUUGUACCCAUGCUGUUGGACAACAGAUGCUUAAAAUGUUCUUUUAGACACUUUCACGUUGCAGUUUAAAAAGAAAAAAGCCAUUGGUUGGUAACAGGAUGAAAAAGGGAACAGAAGACCAAAGAACAGGAAUUUCUUUCCACAUUCACAAAUUCACUUUUAUGUUCGAAGUAAAUCUGUUGCUUUUGCUCUUUGAACUUCUUCCAAAAACAUGUUAAAUGAAACACUGGCAUUUCUAAAACCUUACUCUGGCAGCUACUUUUUAUGGUAAAUAGUGUAGUAGUAGUGUUAUUUUUGUAUUUUGUAAUACUUUUAAGUCAUACUCCGAGUCGGUACUAUAGGCGACAAAGAAAUAGCAGUAUGUGAACAUUUUGCGCCUUACAGAAACCGGUGACAGUGCAUUGCUGAGCACGGGCUCAGCUUUUUAUUUUAACACAGAAAUGAUUCUCUUCCUGUGGAAAUGCAGUAAUAAUAGAAUGUUUUAAAAGAGUGUAAAGAAAUACUUUAGACUGGGACUUGAUUCUCAAAGCUAAGCUAAUACGAAUAAUUUGAAAUGUAAAUUGUUGUGGAAACAUGUACCUGCUUUCUAAACUUUUAUUAAUAAUGUUGGUGGCUGUACAGUUUUGUUUAGGAAUGGCCAUCACUGUGGUACAGCUCAUGUAAACAUUAUUAAGUAUGCCUUUCCAUGAAGCAUUUACACUGCCAAAAUGUGAAUUAUACAAACAUUUUUGUUUAUAUGGAAAAUACUGUUUGAAAACAACUGUAAAGAGCUUUUAACAUUUAAAAGCAAUAUAUUUUGCAGCAAGAAACAUUUGACACUGGUCCCUGUGGUAGAAGCUUUGAAAAUUGGUCAGAAGCUGGUGGAUUACCUUGCAGCUGGCAUUCACAAAAGAUUUGAAUCACAUGGCACACAGUAUUAUUUAUUACAGAAACUUUAGGUGCAAUCCAUGAGGAUAGUAAACUUUAUAACUAGAUAUUAAACUGGCUUUAAAUGUCCACAUGGGUGCUUCUGAUUUAAUUUUUUGUUUGAAAAAUGUUACUUAGAAGCCCACCAGUAUCUACUAUGUGGCCAGUUCUAGAUAGUAUUGGUGUUCCUAGGAAUCUACUCACAUUGAUUAAAUGUGAGACAAAAAUCUAUACUAAAGUGAUACCUAAACACUAUUUCCAAAUGUAAAUAUCACAUGAGGAGAAAGAACAAAAAUCACAGUUUUUACAUUUGUUUUGCAUUACAGUAAAAGAUACACAUUUCAUUUGACAUUGGCUAUAUCAAGAAAAGAAAAUUCUAAAUUGCAGGGUGGCCUUUUGUUUUGGUGUGUAUCUGUACUGUACACGAUUUUGGAAAGAUGCUUCCUCUGCUGUAUUAAAAUGCAGUAUCUUUACAUCCUUUAAUUGCAUGAUGCUAUUUGUCUGUUUUUUUGUUCAAGGGACUGUUGAAAUUUUGUUUUAAUUUAUUGUAUACAAUAAUAUUUUCUUUAUGCUCCUUUGCUCUCUCUCUCUCUCUCUCAUUUUUACAUAAUCUACGGUGUACUUUUAUAGUUACCGCUAGAACAGUACAUUUUUAACAAGAAAACUUUUUAAAAUACAGGAGCAAUGUUUUAUAUUUUUGUUUUGUUCAAAUGUAAUUUUAUGUUGUAAAAAAAAAAUGCUGCAUUGGUUACAUUUUCUUUUUUUAGAAGUUUCAAUUUUUAUAGCAAAUUCUAUCCUGUCAUUCUUGACUGCUGUUUUAUUCUACUGAUACUCGUUCAUAGUUCUUCACUGUUGUGAACAUUAUUUUGUGGUUUAGUAAUAGUUUAUUCAACCAUUCUAUCUUCAGUUAUGUGUUUCUUACAAUAUGUAAUCUAGUACACAUCAAAAUAUGUAUUUGGAUUUGUAAUAUGCAAUAAACAUUGUUGACAUUAA